CUGUGUCUGUGUGUGUCUCCCAAACUUGACAGAAGCGGCUCAUUGAGCCUCCUGGCCUCAGACGGAGAGGCCGCCCCGGCGGGACCCACGCUGCUCUCUCCCCGGUCCGCCUGAGUCCCAGACCCACCAUGCCAGCCGAAGACCCCCGAGCAGAUACAGGCCGAUGGGCCAACGUCAGUUACCGUGUCCGGCAGCCCAACGAGCCAGAGCCCGCUCCCAGGAGGAAGAAACGGAACUGGUUCCGCAAAUGUUGCUGUUGCUGUUCGGGUCAGUCGGACGCCGGCGACUGGGGUCCGGCUCCUGGAGAGGUCCCUGGGGCUCGGCGAACGGAUGCCGUCAUUCGUGAGGGCAUGCUGGUGCUCAGUGGGAUUGACCUGAUGUGCAGCCCGUCCAGCAGCAACCGGCGCUCCCACCACACGAAUGAGUAUGAAUACGAGAACCUCAUCAUCCGACGCGGGCAGCCCUUUGACUUGAAGCUCCAGUUCCGGCAGCCUUACGACCCCGACGACCACCGCAUCUGCCUCGAGUUCCUCGUUGGUCCCAACCCACAGGUCGCCAAGAAGACACACAUUUUGGUGCCCCUGGGAAGCUCUGAGUUGGGCUGGUCAGCAGAGUUGAAAGACACCGGCACCAACACCAUGACUCUCCGAGUCAACACCUCGCCCGAUGCGGUGAUUGGGAAGUACCAGUUCAGCAUCAAGACACGGAGCACAGCGGGCGAGUAUCAGGCGCCGUUCGACCCUCGCUAUGAGAUCUACAUCCUCUUCAACCCAUGGUGCCCUGACGAUCCUGUUUACCUGGAAAAGACCAGUUGGCUAGACGAAUAUGUACUGAACGAAUCUGGAAGGAUCUACUAUGGGACAGAAAGUCAGAUUGGGGAACGAACGUGGAAUUACGCCCAGUUUGACCACGGGAUCUUAGAUGCCUGCCUCUUCAUGCUGGACCAGCGUGGGAUGCCUCAUGCAAGUCGCGGAGACCCCAUCAUGGUCUCCCGCGUUGUCUCUGCCAUGGUGAACUCUCUGGACGACAACGGGGUGCUGGUCGGGAACUGGAAUGGGGAUUAUUCCCGAGGCACCAACCCUUCGGCCUGGGUGGGCAGCCGAGACAUCCUUCUCAAGUAUCUCAAGACCGGCUACCCUGUCCUCUAUGGGCAGUGCUGGGUCUUUGCUGGCGUUGUGACCACAGUGCUGCGUUGCCUGGGCAUUGCCACGCGGACGGUCACCAACUACAAUUCGGCUCAUGACACGGACGUCAGCCUCACCAUGGACAUCUACUUUGACGAAAACAUGAAGCCCCUGGAGCACCUCAAUGCGGACUCCGUCUGGAAUUUCCACGUUUGGAACGACUGCUGGAUGACGCGACCUGAUCUUCCUUCGGGAUUUGAUGGCUGGCAGGUGGUGGACGCCACUCCUCAAGAGUCCAGUAGUGGGAUCUUCUGUUGUGGACCCUGCUCUGUUGAGGCCAUCAAGAAUGGGUUGGUCUACAUGAAAUACGAUGCCUCCUUCUGUUUUGCUGAGGUGAACAGCGACAAGGUCUACUGGCAGCGCCAGUCCGAUGGGAGUUUCAAGAUCGUCUACGUGGAGGAGAAAGCCAUCGGCCACUUGAUCAGCACCAAAUCGGUAGGCUCCAACCAUCGUCAGGACAUCACUGCCAUCUACAAACAUCCAGAAGGAUCCCCAGAAGAGCGCAAAGCAGUAGAAACCGCUGCCAAGCAUGGCACCAAGGCCCACAUCUACGCCGACAAAGAAUUGGGAAAGGAUAUCUCGGUGAGCGUGCAAACUGAUGAGGCCUACACUGGCCAGGACAUCUCCUUGCGGGUCAACCUGAAGAACCGGAGCUCCAUGCCUCGCAACGUCUCCCUCAACCUCUUCGUGGCCGUCAUGUACUACACAGGCGUCACGGGCAAGCGCUUCAAGGAGGAACGUCGGCAAGUCCAGGUGCCGGCGGGUGGAGACCAGGAUGUCCCCAUGGUGGUCUCUUACCCAGAGUACAAGAAACACCUGGUGGACCAAGGGGCCAUGAAGCUGAGCAUCUCGGGAAAAGUGGCCGAGACUGGACAGGUUAUCGCCAAAGAGCAUACCUUCCGCCUCCGCACACCGGACCUUACCCUCACGCUGCUGGGCCCGGCGAUCGUUGGAUGUGAAACCCAAGUCCAGAUUGUCUUCAAGAACCCAUUGGGCGUGACGCUCACCAACGCCGUCUUCCACAUGGAGGGGUCGGGGCUUUCCACCCCCAACACAAUGACCGUGGGGAAUAUUGGACCUCACCAGACGGUGACGCUGCGACAGACCUUCACCCCGCUCCGCGCCGGCCAGCGCCAACUGGUUGCCAGCCUGGACAGCCCUCAGCUCUCCCAGGUCCACGGGGUGCUGACGGUCAAUGUCACGCAGGGCCCUCCGCCCGGACCGUCGGCCUCCCCGGCAUCCACCCGAGGUUCUCCCGCCCGACGCCGGGGUUCUCCUGCCGUGUCCAGAGGCUCUCCCGCUCCGGCUAGGGCUUCCCCUGCUCCGACCCGGGGCUCUCCUGCCAGGCAGCCUGCCAAUAACCGCGGGUCACCGGCCACUCGGAGAACCGGACGGACAGCGCGACCGGUCUGAGCCCCAUCUUAGAGAUCAUGUACUGUGUAAUUUACAUGAUGCUGUCAAUAAGGGAGGGUUAGGGGGAAAGGGGCAGUAAAAGAGGGCUGUGUGGGGAAGAUACCAACUCAGCAGUAGAGACGAGGGUCCCGAAAAUGCACUCCGUCCAUUCAUUCCACAGUCGUGGUCACUCCAUCUGUUCUCUGCUGUCUUCCAUGAUCUUGGCUCUUCUCACCUAUCCUUUUUCAUAUAUUUUACCUACUAUUUUACUCUGCAUGAUGCCAGAGACAUCGACCCACAAUGGCAGCAACGGGGGCAAGAAACUUCACAGUUAUUAUCUCAAAUCUCUUAAGUGCCUGUCCAUUCGUCACUAUUCUCUGCCUUCUUCCAUGAUCUCAC